AUGUUCAAGAUUCCCCCUCCUCGUCAGUUCCUCGUCCUCUCGGCCACUAGCUCGGCCCCGUUCGACCCGAGCCACAAGUUCCUGGUCCUAUCUCCUACCGAGUCCGGCCCUGACUCUCGUCUCUACGAUGAGCAGGCUGUGACCGAGUCCGCUACGGUCGAGCAUGAGCAGGAGCUGCACCGCUCUAACAGCUCCUCUUCCACUUCCUCCCAGGAGUCUCAGGUUGACGAUGAUGCUGCCACCGUGCCUCGUGACUUCCUCUUCCUCGGCCACACCAAGGGCCGCCGCCCCUCCCAGUGA